CAAAUCAGUUCAGUUCAGUUCACUUUUAUAUUGUGAAUAGACCCUCAAAGUAUAACACCACGAAGGGAGUAUCUAUCUAAACAAGUAAAUAGUCAAAACUUAUUUUUUUUUUCUCAUUUAACCUAAAAAUAAAAAUAAAUAAAUAAAUAAAUAAAUAAAAAACCGUUUGCUUUCCAACAUUGGUUACGUAACAUUUAUGGAUAAGAGCUCCGAUUUUAAUAAUCCGUACAAUUUAUUUCCUCCGUUUAUAUCACUUGCAAAGUUGCAAAUUCUGUUUAAUUUGAUUAUUUUUACGGUUUUACCCAAAAAGGAAAAAAAAAACAUUCUUGAUUUAAUUAGGGUUUUAUUUCCAUCUAGAUUUUGAUUGGGAAGGUCAGCAUUAACCUGAAGCAAAUGGAGAAUCCAGAGAAAUGCAGCAGGAGGAGCUGGGAAGAAAAUACUUAUUGGAAACAUUUUCACUCUGUUCACUUCUUUCAAAUUCUUCCUUCUAAUUUUCAACAACACCUUAAACUUCCUGAGAAAUUUACUUCAAAUGAGAUUGCAAAGUUACCAGAGAAUGUAAUUGUGAAAGGUCCAAAUGGAAUUAUAUGGCAUGUCAACUUACAGAGUAAUGACAGCAAUCAUGUAAUGUUAACUGGAGAUGUUUGGCAAGAGUUUGUCAAAGCAUACUCCUUGCAAAACAACGACCUUCUUACCUUCAAGUAUAACAGAACUGACAAAUCUUUCGAGGUGUUGUUCUUUGAUCAAACUAAUUCAUGUGAGCGAGAAUCUUCUUAUUUUGUGAGAAAAUGUGAACAACCUCAAUCUAAUGGUGGUUUUGAUGAACAAGCAAAGAGUGAUUCGUUUGAUAAAAUCAUUUGUUCUUCUGACAGCACCGCUCACACAGAAACAGAUCGUGAUCUUGAUGAUGAACGGGAUGAAGAUGAGGAUGAAAAUGAACCUAGCAGGAAAUCAAAUAAACACAAAUCUACUUCAAAACAGCCAAAUUCUUUGAAAAAAAAUCAAAGUACUCCAAAAGAAGCCUUAUCUAAUCAUUCGAGGAAAAGGAAGUUUACUAGAUUCGAUAAAGGUGAAAGAGAUAAACGAAAGGCAUUCAUCAUUGAAGAUGAUUCCAUUUCAAAGAAGAACAAUUCUUUGAAAGUGAAUGGCAGUAAUUUAAAUAAGACUCGCUCUCAUUCCGCUGCUCGUGUUAGCAAUAGAAAUGAUGUUCCAAUCUAUGUACGCAUGAGUAGGAAGAGCUCCACUGUUGUUGCUGCUGCUGCAAGCUAUAUAUCAAACAGAAGGCCUGUAACAGACGAAGAAAAAGAAAAGGCUUACGUGUUGGCAACAAAAUAUGCCACCGAUGAAAGCUUCAUAGUGGUCAUGAAACCUUCACAAGUCUAUAACAAUUUUGCUUUGGUAAUUCCUCAAAGCUGGAAUUAUAAAGGUUUUUCACGCGAUAAAAGACAGGAGGUGAUUCUUAGAACUAAUGACAACACAUGGGAGGUUAGCUUUUGUAUUAUAAAUCGCAGAGGACAUGGAGCAUUUAGAGGUGGAUGGAAAAAAUUUGCACUCGACAAUUUCUUGGAGGAGUCCGACUCGUGUUUGUUCGUGCCUGGUGGCCAAGAGAACAAGCGUUUUGUUCUGGAUGUUAGCAUUUUCAGAGUUGUUCCUGAAGUUACUCCUCUUAGCCCUGUACAUUAGAAGAUUUUAUACUGUCUUUGAGCAUGUUUUGAAUAAAUGCAUAGGCACAUUUGUGUAUUGGUGUAUUGUUGCUUGCAUUUUCUUUGAUUAGCUUUUCAAUUAUUGUGAAAAUUCAACCAUCUGUCAGCUUAUGUAACCUAAUAUUCUAAUGAGGUGACAAAUUAAACAAAUUGUUUGGAUCAAGUUUGGCUUGGAUAUGAUCAUUUUAUUUUGAGGAUAAUUUGAGCUGUCUGAUUUGGUUUUACAUUUAAA